AUGACACAAGUACGAUCUACGUCUCCAGUUCUUCAUUUGGAUCUGAACAACUUCGAGUCUGUGGAAGCGCAAAGGAGUCGCUAUAUUUUGACAAGUCCACGCUCGUUGGAGUCUUGCGCGCGCCUUGGCAUCAAACCUGUUGAACUUUUGAUCAAAUCUCUGAACCAGCUGAAAACAGAGCGACGUGACGUGCCUUUUGAGGUCGUAAAAGUUAUGCAUGAGAUGUAUGAAAGGGAAAGAAAGAGGCUGUUGCGCAUGUGUAAGGCGGAGAGGGAGAGAUUAAUCCAAGGGUGCACAGAAGACUGGAGGCCCAAAGAUCAAAAAGCACCAGAGGUUGCACCUAGGACUUCAAGGACUUCAACAAGAACGCAAAACAAAAAGGAUGAAUCAUAUGAACGUCCAGUAACAUACGCUGAUUUGUGUUUCAAAAAGAAAUCUAUGAGUAGCAACAAGGAGCAAGAUAGAAGCACCCUUUGCAGCAUCAGUCUUGGAGAUCUCAGACAGUCCCCAGCCUCUGAAAGAAAACUGGAGAGAAUUACCACUGCUAUCAAUAAAGAAAUGAAUGUUACAGUGUCUGAGGAAGACCGCAAGAUAGCUGCAUUGAUGUUGGCAAGGCAUGAGGAAGAGCAAAUGAGACUAGAGCAAAGUUACAAUGAAGAACAGGAGAGAAAGGAUGCAAGGCAUAAAGAGGAUGCUGAGAAGAUGGAGGAGGAGAGAAAGAGACUGAAAAAAAUAAAGUUGGGAAUGAAGCGUUGGCAUGAGGAGUUAGAAUUUAGGAGGAGGGUUAGGAACAAAUUGGAAACGGAGAAAUCAACACAACUGGAACAAGAGGUGCUUUUACAUGAAGAUAGAUGGAGGAGACUGAAAGAAGAAGUUGAGGUGCAAAGAAAGGAGAAGUUGAUAGCCGCUGUGAGGGAAGCAGGGGAACGUAAACGUAACCAGGAGAGGCUGCUGAGAGAUAAAGAAGAAGAGGAUAGAAAAGUGCUAGAACAGGACAGGGUGGUAUCAGUGGAGAGGGAGCAGAGGGCAAAGAUGAACAAAGCACUACAGGAAAUGAAGGAGAGGAGGAGACUGCAAGAGGAGAACAGACAAGAGCUUUUGAGACAUGUGUUUACAAAGCAGCGGAUAGAACAGGAAGAAGAAGAGGUGGAGGAGCAGAGGAGAAGAGAGCUGGAGAAAAAGAUGGAGGUCUGUAGUAAGAAAUAUGCGGAGGUUGUAGAUGCACGUUUAAGGGAGAUUAAAGAAAGAGUUGCACAAGAAGAGGAGCAGAUUCACAGGGCAAAGCUAAGGGCUUCACUACAGAAGACAGAACAGCUAAUGCACAAAAGAGUAUUGUACGAAGUGAGCCAGCGGAGGAUGCAGAAAGCAACCCAACACGCCUCAGAGUUGAACAAAAGCAGAGCCAUGCAGGUAAAGCAGAGAAACAGACUUAGAGAGGUGUGUCACCAGCAGAUGAGAGAGAGGCUGCAGGCCGAGGAAGAGGAGGUGAGAAAGAUGAAGGAGAGUUGUGUAGUAAGGAAGGAAUGGAAGAUAGAGAAGCUGAGGAGGCAGAGGGAGCAAAUACAGGAGGAGGCGCACAGACUGGCCCGGGCUUCAUUUCAUCUCAGAGACAGAGUGAGGCAGCACAUCAACAACAACAAUUUUGACCAGAGACUCAAAGAAGCUCAACUCAAUGCUGCUAUGGGCCAUGUGAAACUGAUUUAG